CUGUCAAUCGCGCAACCAGUUACUAGCGAGAGAUAUUCAUCGAUAGAUAAGCUCCUUGGUCUACUCCAUACGUUCCAUUCCCUCCCUCGAGCUAGGUCCGAGCCUUCACUUCGACCAUGGCCUCGUCCUCCGCGCUGAUAGCGCUCCUUGUGGUCCUUGGCUGCGCUGCGGCGGCCUCCGCGGCCACGUUCACCGUCGGAGAUGGGCAAGGCUGGACGACCGGCGCCAAUUACGCCACCUGGGCCAGUGGCAAGACCUUCGCGGUUGGAGACAAGCUCGUGUUCAACUACGCCAGCCAGGCCCACACAGUGACCGAAGUCACCAAGAGCGAGUACGACGCCUGCUCCAGCAACGCCAACGGUGACAACAGCGGCGCCACCACCAUGACCCUCAAAGCCGGCGCGAACUACUACAUCUGCACCAUCGGCACCCACUGCGCCGCCGGCAUGAAGCUCGCCGUCACCGCCGGCGACUCCAGUUCCGGUUCCGGUACCCCCGCGGCGGGGACGCCACCUACCACCCCGUCCGGGUCCGGCGGCCACCGCAUGGAGGUCGGCCCCGUUCUCGCGGCCACCGCUGGCGUCCUCCUCAAGCUCGCCCUCUUCUGAUCCGCCGAUGAUUCGAUGUUGGAAAGUUUCGUCGAUCGUUCUAUGUUUGAUUCUGACGGCCACGCACACGCUAGUUUGUACCGGACAGUGGUUGCCUGUGCUUCCUGAUGUGAUAUGAUUGGUUGGUUUCGUAGUAGUUGGCGUGAGUGACUUGUAUGGAUUAUUAUCUCGAUGUAUCUAUCUAGUACAGUAGUACUCGUAGUAAUAGGGCUCCUCCAUAUGAGUGUGGUUAAAUAAGUUUGGAUUCUGUCAA